GGAGGUUCAGUUAGAUGUCUUUUUCUUAUUGACCCUUAAGCAACUGAUAUCCUAAAGGCUUAUCUUUUGCACUCUCUUUAACUCAUUAUUAACAUAAGACAGUUAAAACUGAUUCUUGAUAUUACAUUUUAGUUCUUUGGGCAUCCCAAUUUCAGUGUUCAUGUUUCCAAAAUACCAACUUCCCCUGACUGAUACUUUAACUGGUAUUUGAGAGUGAGUUACUGAUGGCAUUGUCAGCCACUUUCAAUGGUCCAAUUCUUGCUUCUGACUUCACUAAGCACUGUAUAAACAGCCAUGCUCCAACUUCUUCCAGGAAUUUUAUCUUCACAACUUGUUCACUACCAUCACACGCCAUACAAAGAUCAAUCUGUUGCUUCCGAUGCUCUGGAAGAUCUGGCAGUGUUAUUAAUUUAAGAUGGAAAGAAGUCGAGCAACGGCACUCAAGCCUGAGAGGUUUCUUUAUGUGUAAAGUGCAGCAACAUGAUGCUAUCUCUGAGGAAAAAGAAGAAAAUAUCUCACAAGCUACUUUGAUAUGGAGGGCAAUCAAAUUACCAAUAUACUCUGUAGCCUUAGUUCCUCUAACUGUGGGGAGUGCAGCUGCUUAUUUGCAGACUGGCCUCUUUUCUGCUAGGCGUUAUUUUAUGCUAUUGGCAUCUUCAAUUUUUAUCAUCACUUGGCUUAACUUAAGCAACGACGUUUAUGAUUUUGACACGGGAGCUGAUAAGGACAAGAAAGAAUCAGUUGUGAACAUUGUUGGCAGCCGCACAGGAACAUUCAUCGCUGCUUACUUGUUUCUUGCCCUUGGUUUCUUGGGGCUUACUUAUACAUCUGUGGAGGCUUCAAAUCUACGUGCUAUAUUACUAUUAGCUUCUUCAAUCACUUGUGGCUACAUAUACCAGUGCCCGCCAUUUCGGUUAAGUUACCAAGGUCUGGGGGAACCCUUGUGCUUUGCUGCAUUUGGUCCUUUUACUACGACUGCCUUUUACUUACUUCAAAGCAGCACCAGUGAGCUCCCAAUCACAUAUACAACACUUUCAGCAUCAGCACUUGUUGGUUUCACAACAUCACUUAUCCUGUUUUGUAGUCAUUUCCACCAGGUAGAAGGGGAUAAGGCCGUGGGAAAAUUUUCUCCACUGGUUAGGCUUGGUACUCAAGCUGGUUCCAGAAUUGUAAAAGUGGCUGUGGCAACACUCUAUUCAGGGAUGCUUCUUCUUGGUUUCACUCAAACACUUCCAUUUACAUGCAUUAUUCUUUGUGCUUUAACUAUACCAGUGGGAAAACUGGUAGUUAGCUAUGUGGAGAAGAACCAUAAGGACAAAGCACAGAUCUUUAUGGCAAAGUAUUACUGUGUGAGAUUUCAUGUUCUAUUUGGAGUGGCUUUGACUGCUGGCUUGGUAGCAGCUAAAAUGAUUGCUAGAUAUCCUGUUCCAAAACCAAUAUUCUGAAAUCACAGGAUUCAUCAGUGGCUGCAUCAGAUCUCAGGAACUACCUAACACGAAUGAAUACACAUUGUCACUGAGGCUCUGAAAGCAUCAAGGAGCAAUUUUUUCAAACUUAGGCUCUCUCUGUGCAAAUUACAAGAGUAACUAUAUAUGGAAGGAAAUGGAAAAAAGAUGCAAAGCUCUUGGCAAUAGCCAGCACUGUGUCUCGAUCCAUUGGACAUUGAAUUACUUGAACUGCCCUUAGUUUAAUAAAUUUCCAUAUUAGACUUGAGCACUGAGAAGACAUGUCAAUCAAUACCGUCACAUGAUUCGUAAAUGCAUGAAUGUGAUGUAGUGUUUCCUAAUGUACUUGUUGACAAUUAGUUAUUAAUUGCUAAUAAUUAUUCCUCCA